ACGUUUUUCCGCGGGCAUUGAAUAAUGAUUUAAUAAAUAAUUAAUAUAAACAAUAAAAAUAAUCAACAAUUAAUUUAUCAGUAUAAAAAAUAAAUAAUAGAUAUUUAAAGAACAGCGUGAUGAUAUUUUGACGCCAAAACCGGAUUCUUGAAACACACAACGCGCGCUGUGAUGUAUAAUCAACCAACACACCAACACACGAGAUGAUGCUUCAGAAACAAUCAUGCAGUCCAUCACUGAUCCUGUCACAAAAGCUGUAGUUGAUAAUAUUAUGGGAAAUUUGCCGACCAAAAAACCAUUAGUUAGGUGUCAUGAUUGUGAUUUGUGUUUCACCAGCGAAACUGUCCUAGAUGCUCAUUUACAAGGAGCACGGCAUGCAAAACAGAUACGUUCAAAAGUAAUUAUGGAAAAUUUAGGAGGAACGAAAAUAGCAUUCUCCAAAGACCAAGAAGCCAGCGGAUUAAAGUGUAAUGUAUGUAAUGUUAGUCUCAAUUCAAUCCAACAGCUUCAAACUCACUUGAAUGGAAACAGACACAAAAAAAAAGCCGAGAAAGGUGGAUGGACCGGAACCGACACCGCCAAGCCCGUGCAGCAGCCAACAAAAUCUCCAGGAACUCAAGCUGAUUCUACAACAGCGGCUGCUCCUAAAAAGAAAGGGGAAAUACUGACUUGUGAACAGUGCAAUAAAUUCUUUAACUCUAAACAACAAUAUGAUGUGCAUAUUACGUCAAAGAAACACUUGCACAAAGUGUACAAGCCUAUUUUGAAGACGGCUAAUAAGAAGAAACGUUACAUGCCGUACGGAAAUAAGCAGCAGUAUCAACAACCACAUCACCAUCACCAACAGAAUCACCAACAGAAUCACAAACAGCAACAUCAUCAUCACCAACAACAUCACCAGUAUCACCCGCAAAGAAAUAUGCAGCCUUACGAUACUUCAUCGUAUGUCAUACCAUCACUUGCUAAUAAUUUUAUUUCUGGUGGUUAUACCAGUAAUUACUAAAAAAAAAAUUAAGAAAACCGUUGACCCUAAAAGCC